AUGGCCGGCAGUGAUUUAUUCGGGACUGCUGGAAGAAAACUAUCGUAGGUUUUUCAUCAUCUGUUCGAAAUUUUCAGGACAUCUGGAUCGAGCAUGUAUCACGUGCUUGGCGUUCCGAAGCGUGCGGAAGAAGAUGAUAUAAAGCGGGCCUUCAGAAAAGUAUGUGUGGAUGAAGUAUAUUUAUUGGAAGAUUCUUCCGAACUAUUUGUUUUGGCUUCCUUACGUUAGGGACAAUGGCUUGGAUUACUUACUUAGAGAAUUCAUCAUAGCCAUAUCCAAUCUUUCAUUAUAAUAUAAGUUGCAAGAUGACAUAUGACGCAUGCAUUUUGUCAGAAUUUUAAGUGUUGAACCUACGUGCAGUUUGCAGUUUUUGCAUCUUAUUCUGCCGAAAAUGAUUUCUUUCGAAGUUCAGUUGUAUGUGCCCUUCGUGUGAUAUUCGAAGGACAAGACUAGGUCUAAUAUUAGACCUGUCCAUAUGGACAGCUGUUGUGCCGCAGGGAACUAAUACAAGUGUCUUGGACUUCCAAACAUUAAUAAAACACUGUAACACCUGAUAGUGACGGCCUGCUAAAAAUGUCAUUCUAAGCAAGCCUUUGUUGCACAAAGACGCAUGUGGCCCUUACAGUUGAAUAAUUUUGGAGAACGCUCAGAUGUAUGAGACCUUAUGUAAAACCACGAGGAGUACUGGAUCUCGUCUAGGUGCGCCACAUCUAAGAGCCCGUUGACCCGAAGAUGAUGACCCGACCUCGAUUUCCCGUCUCCCAGGAUUCCUACAUAUGGAUCGUCGUUGCGCGAAACGCGUGUUCCACAGACCGAUACGUAUGGUUAACCGUAGCAUGGAUGAGCUUAUGCAUGUGUUAAUCAGCGCAGGGCUUCUACUUGUUGCUGACAUUUGUAGUUUUAGACUACGCUAACUCUUGAAUUGCACUGCGCAAGCUCUUACUUCUUAUUUUAUCGAAUACUAAGGAUAAUUUCAUGCCUCCCCCUGCCGCAUAUUCCAAAGGACACUUAUGUUGCCUUGUUCUGCGCUUCAAUUCCUUGUUCUCACCAGAUUCGACUCAUUCCCUUCUAUCGUCUCCUUAUCCGCCGAGUUGGUUUGAUAUUUCAGUCAGAAUUAUAGAGCACAGGUCCCUUCCAAAUCGAAUGCUCAUGCGUGACUGCCUUGCGCGCGAUAUUUUCUCUCCCUACAGUAGUCAUUGUCAUCACCUGCUAUUUACAGCCGAACCAAACCACAAUGUGCGCAAUGUUGGUUACUACCGAUCUCGACUUCUUAGUAAAGUAUCCUUUCGUGCGCUCGCCUGCCUCUUUUUUUUUCUCGCUUUCAGCGAGGUACAUUAUCUUGCAGUUUAUAUUGGUCACUGAUGCCCACUUAUUUUCUAGAAACAUACACUUCCUGUUCUUGGUAAAGCAGUCUUUCGAAAAGUAUUUCCUCUGCGUAUACAAGUCUCCCAGCUGUUUUGUCAAGGUUUGAUCAAAAAACCCUACAUGCCACAAUUUCUGACCACCUUGCGCACCGUAUAUCCACAACAUCCAAAUACGGCCAGUGGCCAAUCACACAUAAGGGGUCUGAAGAAAUACUUAAAUGUUUACUUUCUCUGUGGGUCAUUGGACAUAGAUUUCUUGCCACGUAUUCGAUGUUGAGUGGUCCUCGUUCAGGAUCGGGACAGAUGAGUCCCGGUUUAUACGUCUGGGAAUGACGUUAGUGUAAAGUCGCAUUACCCAUGUAUUUUGAGUUUGCUUAUCAGCGCAACCACUCCUUUUUCAUCACAAAUCGCCUACAGGAGGCCCAAAUACAAUAAUAUAACAACGACUGUCAUUAAAGAAACCAUAAACUACUACAUCAUACACCUAGAGUCUUUAGUUCGCCUUCAGACGCUACUCCACUGAAAUGUAAUGGGUGUUAUGUCAUAUCUAUGUUUAAUGGAGCCAACUUACAACUUUAAAUGACAUAAUCUAUGUCCCCGUAGUCACGUUAAGUGCAAUUGCCGGCUAGAGUUUGCAAACCUGUAUUUGUGAUUCUCAUACAUCUUCUGCGCUUUGAAUGAAGCCGAAGUUUGAUUUUGUCGCAGGCAUUGUUAUGGGUGGGGAUUUAAUUGAUAUCACCUUCCACUUUAGCCGCAAAGAUAAUCAAAACCCUUUCCCAGUUCUCUACAUAUUCUGAAGCUAAGCUAGUGCGUAAACCUUUUACUGGCAAUAAAAAAGAUGCCUGGUUCAUCCAGCUAUGUCGGUAGGCAUGCACUGCAUCCUAAACCAGAUUAAUUUGAUUUCUCAGAAAUCGCAUGUAUAUUUCGAGAAAAUAUUCUUGCGUGCACGCCACUGCCCCCACAACACAGAACUUGCGAAAUGAUUCUUUGAAAUAUUUCCUUUAGGCUGCUCUGCGUUUUCACCCCGACAAAAAUCCAGACAACCCGGCCGCAGCUGAAAUUGCAAGUUAUCUUUUGCUUUAUUUGUUUGAUUUUUUUAUUAUCUGA